AUGAUGGAUGAAGUACAUGGAAAUGAUCAUCCAUUGGAAAUCCUUGACACGAGAAUCAAAUGGGCAAAUUUACAGGACGAGCUUCAAAAAGUUCUCACAACGGGAUCGAAAUGUCGUCGCACCUCAUUUGCGCACCAAAUUCCCGGAUCUGUGGGUUUCCUCUCUCAAGUCGUUCUAAUCGAUCUGCAUUGGUUUCCACAAGUUCCAAAGCUGCCAAGUAAAGUGGUUUUGAAAGUGCCAAUCUCGAAACCCCACGAGCCGAACCCUGAGGAUGUAGAGACCCCAGCAGAGCGCUUGGAACCACUACUUCAAGCGCUCUUCCAAGCCGAGCAUUCCUUCUACGAUUUCUACCGUAGUAUCGAGAAUCUCCACAUUCCCAAACCCCCAGUCCCCCACUUCUAUUAUGCUGCCAAAUUUGAGAAAAAUCACGAAUAUCUUGUGUUUGAGUACUUGCACGACACACAUCACUUUCACAUUUGGGACAACUUUAACGAGACACAAAUUGAUCAGGUUCUCCUCGCAAUCGCCAAAACUCAAGCUUGUGGUUAUUUGCGUGAUUCAAAUUCGCGCCCGGGUCUCGAUCAAAAAAUGAUGAAAACUCUCUAUAAAGACUGCUUUCCAGUUGAGGAAAUGUUGGAAUUGCUACACAAAAUGCCUGCAUUCUAUGGAGAAGAACUACAGCCAUUAGUCGAGAAACUUGCACAGACUCAUCAAAAAAUCUGGGAUCUUGACAUUGAGAAGAAAGUUUGCAAGAAAUUAGGAAUCAAACCGGCGUUGAUUCAUGGUGACAUGUGGAGUACGAAUAUUUUGUGGGAAGCAGACGAUCACAAUAAAUUGCGAGCAUUGCUCGAUUGGCAAAUGACUCAUCACGGAAAUCCGGCAGCCGAUUUGAUUCGCUUAUUCAACUCAUGUAUGUCAGGAGUACAUAGACGCAGAUAUUGGAAAGACUACUUACGAAUAAUGCACAAACAUUUGACGCAUGCAAUGGGCACACACCCGGUUCCCUACACGUACGAACAGGCAUUCGAUGCUUAUGUUUUUCAUUAUCCAAUGGAAACUUUCCUCUAUUUGCCCCCACUCAAUCCAAUUGUUGCAAAUGCGAAUCGAAGUGAAGAACCCGAAUUGGCACAAAAAAGAAAGAGCAUUGUCGCGGAAAAGGUAAAGUGUAUGAUGGAAGACAUCCUGGAAUUCCAACGA